UCAUGGAUCACACUGACAAUGAGUUGCAAGGCACCAAUAGUUCUGGAUCAUUGGGUGGUCUUGAUGUUCGAAGACGAAUUCCGAUAAAGCUCAUCUCCAAGCAAGGGAACAAAGCUAAGGCUGCACCUCGAACUCAAAGGACUCUAAACAGGAUGCCUGCAAAGGCUCCACCAGGUGAUGAAGAAGGGUUUGAUUAUAACGAAGAAGAACGGUAUGACUGUAAAGGGAGUGAGCUCUUUGGAAAUCAGCGAAGAUUUCCCGGACAUCUUUUUUGGGAUUUUCAGAUAAACAUCUUAGGUGAGAAGGAUGAUACGCCAGUUCAUUUCUGUGACAAAUGUGGAUUGCCUAUUAAAAUCUAUGGACGAAUGAUUCCUUGCAAACAUGUUUUUUGCUACGACUGUGCUAUAUUACAUGAAAAAAAGGGAGAUAAGAUGUGUCCAGGCUGUAGUGAUCCUGUGCAGCGAAUUGAGCAGUGUACAAGAGGUUCUCUCUUCAUGUGUAGCAUUGUUCAAGGGUGCAAGAGAACAUACUUAUCUCAGAGAGACUUGCAAGCUCAUAUCAACCACCGCCAUAUGAGAGCUGGGAAACCUGUUACGCGUGCUUCACUUGAAAAUGUUCAUCCUCCUAUUGCCCCACCACCAGCUGAAAUCCCUGAUCGUUUUAUAAUGCCGCCAGACAAGCACCAUAUGAGCCAUAUUCCACCAAAGCAACACAUCAUGAUGCCACCACCUCCUUUGCAACACGUGCCACAUGAGCACUAUAAUCAGUCACAUGAGGAUAUUCGUGCCCCUCCAGCAGAAUUAUCCAUGGCUCCACCUCCACCUCGUUCGGUCAGUCAGGAAACCUUCCGAAUUUCAACAAGAAAACACAGCAAUUUAAUAACGGUCCCUAUUCAGGAUGACUCAAAUUCAGGUGUUAGAGAACCACCACCUCCUGCCCCAGCACCUGCUCACCAUCAUCCUGAAUAUCAGGGUCAACCAGUGGUCUCGCACCCUCAUCAUAUUAUGCCUCCACAGCAACAUUAUGCACCACCUCCCCCUCCUCCACCACCAAUAAGCCAUCCAUUACCACAUCCUCCCCAGGCCGCAGGUACUCCUCACUUGGUUUAUAGCCAAGCACCACCUCCACCAAUGACCUCUGCUCCACCACCAAUAACCCCUCCCCCUGGACACAUUAUUGCCCAGAUGCCACCUUAUAUGAACCAUCCUCCUCCAGGACCUCCCCCACCUCAGCAUGGUGGUCCACCUGUAACUGCACCCCCUCCUCACCAUUAUAAUCCUAACUCUUUACCCCAGUUCACUGAAGAUCAAGGAACUCUGAGCCCUCCAUUUACACAGCCAGGUGGAAUGAGUCCUGGUAUAUGGCCUGCACCAAGAGGGCCACCACCUCCACCACGAAUGCAGGGUCCGCCUGCUCAAACCCCACUUCCUGGACCACAUCAUCCAGAUCAGACAAGAUAUAGACCUUAUUACCAAUGAUAAUAGUAUUUUGAACUGAAGAUAUGGUGAGGGGAGAAACUUAUGUACAGUCAAUCUUUGGAGCUUGGGGGAAGGAAAAGAGCACCCUUACGGAGGUAACUGUAAAACACAUAGGCUCUUGUCUCUUAAUGGUUUUAAAUCUCCACCUUAUAAUUGAUUUUGAGUACUAUGCAUAGUGUUGAGAAGUGACUUAGUUGAACACAGCUAUAUUUUAGCAACUUUAUUUCCCAUGUGAUAAAAUGACCCAGAGGUGACCAUUUGUAAGAAAAAUUGAAGACAAAUUUUCAUUGUUCCAGUUUCCAACGUAUCGCUUUUGUUAAACCCAGUGUUUAAUUUUUCUUGUGAUACAUUUUGUUAACCUGUGUAAAAGGAUUAAAUUACAGUAUGGUUGUACAAAUGCUAUUUUUAUGUGAAUUUCAGUGCAGCCACUUUUAUAUAACCACAAGUUUUACCACUAAUUUCCCAAAGUUAAAAAUAAAAUUCUAAAAGUAAAAAUCUACUAGAUUUUACUGUAAGGCAGACUGUUAAAUGGUAGAGAAUUAAUUACAACUUUAGGCACUGAAAUUUUGAGGUAUAUUAAGCAUAUUAUGCACUUGACGUGGAUGCCUUUAUAUUUGUAGGCAGCCUCAGAAGCACCAAAAUACAUUGGAAUUCCAGUAUUAAGACAAUUAUGCUUGUAAUAUUAAAAGGCGUUACUAAUAAUUUAGAAGAUGUGGCCAAAGUAUUUGACUCUACAGGCUCCAAAAUGUUGGGAGAUACUGUCACUUAACAAUACUUUCAUUACUGAAUGGAUAGCUUCACCUGAUGCUCCACACUUACUAAGCAUAAUUAGCAUUUUUAUUAGAGCAGUUUUGAAUGGUGUUACACAUAAAGUGUGUUCUAUUCUUGCUUAUUGUAUUAAGCUACAUAGGACUGAACAGACUUUCUUAUUUCAUGGUAGCUUGAUUCUGUACUUGUUUUUGUUGACUGGCCAUUUUCUUUUACCUGUAAUUUAAAACCUUAUUUUUAUUCCUUUUAUUGGUUAAGGAGCCUAAAAUGUGGACUAUUUUAGCCUGAAGUCAACAGUGAAGAUUACAAAUGAUUUUUAUAUUGGAGAAGAGAAGCAUAGUAACUAAUUUGUGAAUUUCAGUGCUUUGUAAGGUGCCUUUAAAGUCAACUUUUGCAUUAUGGGGCUUGUUAUGACCACUCACAGUUUAUACAGAACUCAUGUAUAAAUUAACAUUUUGGGGAUAUUAUUAUAUAUCCCUUGAAUAAACCCCUGUGAAGUAUUUCCUCCCCUCUAAAAUGGUGCAUAAUAUAAACAUGAAAUGUGUAGUAUGCAGAUAUCAUUUAUAAAGUAGUUUGUAGUGUAUAAAUUUAGAGUAUUUCUUUUUGACAAAGGUUUAACAGAUUGCUAAUUCACCAUUAUGUUAGGUACAGGCAGAGCACUUUCAUUUUAGAUAAAUAGAUGCAAAGUCAUCUAUGGAUUUAGAGUUGAAGUUAGAAAUGAGAUGAAUGCCAUUUCAGCCCUUACUAGCUGAAAAUAACUCACAUCUUUUUUGAGUUGUGUUUUUUUUUCACACCUAACAGUUUAAAAAUCUAGUAGUGAUGCAAUACUUCUAGUGAGAAAUUUUUGUAUUAGAAGCAUGGGAGUGAAAUAGAAUGAAAUGUUGGUAAUGAGUUCUUCUAUCAUAUUACUGUAGGUACUUGGACUGAUGCAAACUUGAUUCCCUUUCUAGCCCCUUUUUAGGAGCUGUUAAAAUAUUAUUGUUAAAAAUUCAAUACCAUUCUUUGUUUCAUUUCAUAAAAAAAAUAGCCCAAUUCACUAUAAGAGUUUACAAACUAUGAAGAACUCACCUGUUUCUAUUGAAAUUCAUUAGAGUUGAAGGUGGUAUGAAACCACUUAGCCUAUGUAUUGAACAAAAAAAAGAAUCAUGGUAAAAUUCCGUAUGUUCAAAAUUUUUAGGCUUUUAAAAAAAGUGAUUUAUUUUCAGUUAGGUUUAAGAAAUACAUGUUAAUGCAGGGAGGCAGAUCAGAUAAAUAUGUUAUAGCAGACAAAAUUUAAAUGGUGGUAGACUUGAAUUCAUCCAGUUAAUGUUUGAAUGAGGGUGGGUGGGUAGAAAUAAAAUUAUUGUUAGUGUUUCUUAAGGAAAAAGAUGUGAAUCCCAGCUUUAUUUCAGGGAAGCCUUUGAAGCUAUAAUGAAUUUAAGUCUAAAUUAAAUGUAUGUAUGUUUCAUUAUAUUGCUCUUAAGACUACUGAGGUUGCAGUUAAUUCUUAAAAACAAUAAAAUGGAAGCAUAAAUACUAUUUUGCCUAGAUGAAUUUUUGCUAACCGUGACAUAUUUGGGACAAAAAGGCUUUUCACUUUUAUGUUAAUUCAACCUUUACAGUAAAAUUAGAUGCCUUUUUUGGAGAUUAAAAUUUGAAGUUGAGUAUA